CGAUCUCUCGCCAGGUGUCGACUGCAUCCGACGACAGUCACCGGGAUCAGCCUGAUCAGGCGACUUGUGCUAAGUUUUAUCGUUUACCACAUGUUGAUUAAUUAAAUAGAACUAUAAUCAUCGUGGCCAAAAUCAUUAUUUCGGACUGGUAUCCGUUCGUUUCCUACUCCGUCGACAUAAAAUUCCGUAAAGGUGGUUCCCCUUGUAAAGAGAACAGAGUUACGUCACGCAGGCCAGGAGGAAAGAUAUCGUGUGUCGAGCAGACUGUGGUCCCCCGUACGUCUCCUCGUAUACAAAAGUGUUCCUGCUUUUCUUUGCUUGCACUUUGGUAUCUGUCAAAACUCGAAAGUCACGCACGCGCUAGGCUUUCGCGAACGUGUGUGUUUAUAGAUAACCGUAGCAUUGGCUUAUAACCUACAAGCGAUCGUGAUUCGAAAACCGAUCGUGAAUGUUGAUAGUUGUUAGCCAGUACGGACGGCUGUCAAUCGUUUCGGGCUCGGAGAUAGAUUCGAAGUUGGUCUCUUCGAUACUUGACGAGGAGUUCGCGAGACGCGAGAAAUCUUCGAUACCUCCCUGCGUCGGGACAUUUGAGCGAGAAUAUUUUUUUGACGUUGAGUAGUCACCGGGAAACUAGUCAAAAUUCCGGUCCCCACUAGGAAACGAGAAGGCCCGCAACAAACAAGCGGCAGAAACCCGUCAACCACUGGCGAAGAAGCCUCGUCGAGUGGCAAAAUGAAUAGCAAAAGAAAGAACCGUUCGAAUACUAACAGAUCACCACGCGCCCGUGGCCCACAAGAAAGAGGAGUUGCCGCAGAAGGUGUUUACAACAAUGCCCACUUCAUGCAUGCAAUAACCAGUCAUGUUGGCAAUGUUGUACAGAUACAGACACUGAACGGUUCGAUAUAUGAAGGGAUUUUUCGCACCUUCUCAAGUCAGUUCGAUGUUGUCUUAGAAAUGGCACAUCGCGUAGAAGGCACAGGGAAAAUAAGUGUCGAGAGUGUAGUAGAAAAGUUAAUUUUCAAGCCACAGGAUAUAAUUACUAUGUCUGCCAAGGAUGUCGAUUUAGAUUAUGCUAUACGUGACACAUUCAGAACAGACAGUGCUAUUAGUAAAUAUAAUGGUUUAAUCGGAGAAAAAGAAUUAGAACCAUGGGACGCUCCCCCUGCAACUAUGAACGGAGACGAUUUAGAAUUAGAUGGUACAACCAAUGGUUGGGAUGCCAAUGACAUGUUCAGAAAAAAUGAACAAAAGUACGGUGUCCAGACAACGUAUGAGCCAACUUUAGCUGCCUAUACUUUGCCACUUCAGAGAAAAGAUACUAAAGAUUAUAAGGAGCAAGAGCAAAAGGCUGCAGAAAUAGCAAAUGAAAUAGAAUCACAACCAAAUCACAAGGCUAGACUGGAACUUGAAAAUGGAGAUGAAGAGGAAAGAUUUGCAGCCGUGGUAAGACCCACUGAAGGUAAAUAUAUUCCGCCACCACUGAAGAAAAAAAAUGGAAAUAACUCGAAGAUGAUGAGAUCUAGUGAACCUCCACCUUCACCAGGACCUACAACCACUAAUAAGAACGUUUUUAAUCAACAACCUCCGUCCAGUGUAAAUGUCAACAUUCCCCCGUCUUCAAAUCUUCCUAUUGGAAUGCAAAGCGCUCAUCCUUCGGUGCAACAUCCGGUAUCGUUAAAUAUGGGACUACCGCCUAGUGGAGUGGUAGUCACGUAUAACAAUCCGCCACCUCCGUUCGUACCUCCACCAGCUACGCAGCCACCACCACCAGUACCUGUUAUGCAACAAUCACAGCCACAAUCCCAGGCGACUCCUUCUGUACCACAAGUCAAUUUCCCACCUCAGCAACAGCAAGCGACAUCGUCUAAAAUAAAUUCAGAGAAACGUGAACGUCCUGGUAGACAGCAGGUAUAUCAAGCUGAUAAAGCACCACCGGCACCAUUCCCACAACCGAACAUUACUAAUUCCCAUCAGCAACAGACGUCGCACCAACAGCACGGCCAGUUACAACAACAGAAUUCGGUAGAUGGCCAACGAUGUGAAAUCGUUCCGCAUAAGUCAGAUCACAGAAAGAUUCCAACGCCACGGUCUAGAGAAGACCAGCAUACGGAGUUGAGGCAGUUUGCUACAGAUUUUAAAUUAGCUGAAACGCCAACCCAAGAUGCGCCACCCAUUAGCAGAAAGCAGCAGCAGCACCACCAUCAACAGGAUUCUCAUUCCACACCUCAGAUCACUCAACCGCAUCAUCAAUCGGUCCAUCAGCAUAUAACACCACAACAGACGCAACAACCACCACAGCAACAGCACACAAAUACUCCACAGCAACAGUCGCAACAGCAACAGCAACAGCAGCAGCAGCAGCAACAACAACAACAACAGCAGCAACCUCAACAUCAAAAUCAGUCUAUCCCAGAAGAAACCGUGGUCACUAACAAACCACCACCCGGUCCGUUACCUGUGCGAUCCACGAGUCCUCCUCAAACACCGCAGCAGCAGCAGCAGCAACAACAACAACAACAACAGCAGCAGCAACAACAACAACAACAACAACAACAACAGGCUCCUACGAAUACGCCGGCCGUAUCUCAAACUCCACAAGAACCUGUCAUCGAUAAGAUCGCAACAGCUUUCAAGAAAUCGACAUUAAAUCCAAACGCUAAAGAAUUCAAUCCAAAUACUAAACCUUUCACACCGCGAUCUCCGAGUACGCCUACUCCAAGUAGGCCACACACUCCACAGACCCCUCAAUAUACCGGAGCGACCAUGCCGGCAACUGUAGUCAUGCCAGCGUACGUAAUGACCAGCCAACCACCAACUGCGUUCAGUCAGCCACCGGCUCAACCUAUGACAAGGUUCCGGAAGGGUCAGUAUCUAGUACCGGUAAUGCAUGCGCAGCAUCGUGCGCAAGAUAUUGCGUCUCAGAUGCAGGUAGUAGCGGCAACUGGACAGCCUUUAAUGGCACCGGCUCCUCUGCAUCCACCGUUCCAGAUGCCUUACCCCGGUCAGCCAGCAUAUCAACAGAUGGUACGCAUGGUUCAGGCACCACCGCCACAUAUGGGUACACCUUAUCAUCACCACGACUCGCCAGGACCACAAGCUCCUGGCAUUCAAUACAUGGGUCCACACACACAUCCACACCCUCACGUUGCUCAACAACCACCAAGUCAGACCCCCUCUCCAGCUAAUCCUAAUCCACCACAUACACCAGGCACUUACAACCCACCCGGUACACCUCAGCCUUCGUACCCUCCACCACCUCCGCAAGGCCAUGCUCCGAGUUACCCCAUUAUGUGUCCUAUAAUCCCUCCUCAUAUACCGAUACCGCCGCAGCACAUGCAAUAUCUACCGCCGCAACCACCUCCAGGAGCGCAGCAAACUAUACCAGUGAUUUUGCCGCACAAUCAGUAGCUGCAAUCAGAAAUGGAUGAAGAAAGAAAGAGCUACUAGUAUUCUGCAGAGGUAGAAUAAUGUCUAAAUUUAAGUUACUUUCAUGAUGGCAUUAGGCACUUGAAAAAGACUUUCAUUUAUCGCUUGCUUAGAUUACCCUUAUAUUGGCUCGUCCGAUGUGAAUUAAAACCCGAUUUUAAGUUCCAUGAUUUUCUCCUUAACGCUUAAGUAUUCUACAGUUGAUUUUUUCUCUAUAAUGACAUCAGUGAUGUAAAGGAGAUAAUAUUCUUUUGUAUUUAACGUAAACAGACAUUCUUACAAAUCGUAAAAUCGUAAUAAUGUAAAGUGAAGUGCUGAUCAUCUUGAAAGUGACUCUUUCAGGUGGGUUAGUUAUUUGCACAAGACCCACAACGACAUUUAGUCCCUCGAAUUAUAUUUAAAUUUCAGUUAAACCAGGCAGAUUUCAUUACGCAACAUACCACCUUAUACUGUUAUUAACUUAAACGUUACAACAAAAAGGAAAUACGAUUAAGAUUGAUUUAUAGUAAUGUACGAGAUAUUAUAUAAAACGAAAAAUUUCCAAACAUAUUUUCACAUUGCGUUGAGACAGGUGGUGCUUAUACGAUCCAUUAGGAAGCGAAAGAAACGAGGGACUGCAAUUAUAAAAUUCUGCAAGAUAUAUUAAAAUUGAAGAAAUUUCUCUUUUAAUUAUCGUAGUUCGCACUACAUACUUUAUAAUAAACAUUAAGCCAAAAUUCAACCUGCGAGGUUGUCAACAGCGAGGUAUCCGAUAAAGUGUGAUAGUGUCGUGUUUGCAAAGAUCCGAGUACUCGAUUAACGGAGUAGUCGUGAACAUCACGCGAGUAAAGAAGCUUUUUUUAUGCCAAUUGUCGGGACGAUGUAAAGAAUAGGAAGAAUUAAGUAUUUUUCUGCUCGCGCUUUCAUAUUUGAUACUUCGCCGCAGUGGACAGAAAGCACAGAUACAGAUCGAUACAAUUGCUCUAAAUUACGUUCAAUUAUAAAAACCUGAAUGACCCGAUGUAGCGAAAUAAUAAUUGAGAGACCAAGCUCUAAAUUUCUCAGUCUGUUGAUGAUGGUUUUGUGUUGUGAGAUGUUGGUACGUAAGAUUCAAACAGAACGACUCGAUUUAGCAAAAGAAAAAAUGUUUAAGACGAACGAAGUCUGACAAACGAGACACCGUUUGAAACGGCCCAAUAAUUUUGUCAGGAGAGGAAAAGCAUCUGUGUAUAUAAAGAGGUACAGACAUAUUAGUUUCUGUUUAAUAAGUUCAAAUAUGCAAUUUCGAUGUUACGCGAUAAUAUGUUUAAAAAUAGGUAGCAGAAGAAAUAGAAGUUCAAAAGUAAUGCAAUAGGAAAUAUCACAGUACUUGUACGUAUUUAAUUUUAUCAUCUGUCCUCGUUUAAAUACAUAGAUACUACGUUAUCUAUGUAGCAUGUCCUUAUAAACUAGUUUCGAUUUUCUCUUGUAGAUAUAACUGCUGCAAAUUAUAAACAAAAAAGAACAAUAACAAAUAUCAGAUAUUAAAGUACAUAAUAAGUAGUAAUGUUUUAUUGUCCGAUAUAGAUCGUAAAGAAUUCAUUCAUUAUUUAAAUGUUUAAAACUGUUGUGAAAAUUAAAUCGAUUACGUACCUCUUAUGUAUAAAUGAACAAUGUGGGAUGCUGUGGUAUUGAAAAAGACAAGUUGAAUUACGGCCUUAGACCUAGUCGUGUAUAUAAGAGAAAUAAGAGGGAGAGAGAGAGAGAGAUUGAGAGAGAGAGAGGAGGCAAGGACGAUCCUUAUCCAAGAGAUAGUUGAAUGUGUGGCAUCGUUAGACACAAAUUUUAUAUCGAAGAGAUUUAAAAGAAAAAAACAUCAAAAUAAAGUCAAUGCGUUAAAAGCCCA